AUGUUAGUGGGAGCAUGUCCCACAUACCUCGAGUGUGACGGCACAACGUUGACAAUAGAAGCACUACUCAAGCUCGCUCGAGUUGAACCGGAAUACAACGAGAAUCAAGAUUGGAAGUCGAUGGAGUUAAUCAACGGGCAGCAAGACUGGAAUACGAGUGGCGACGAAGAUGAAGGCAACGAUGAUGGUAAUGACGCUGACGAUGUUGGCGAUGUCGAUGCCAAUGCCGGUGAUGGGAUGUUGAUGGCGCUGGCAGUGGCAGUGGCAGUGGUGACGGUGACAGCGGUGACUUCGGUAACUCAGUUCGGGGUUCUCAAAUUGCAGUCACUGCCACUGCCGCAGCCGGCAAAUGAAGAUGAAGAUGAAGAUGAGGAUGAAGGUGAAGAUGAAGGUGAAGAUGAAGAUGAAGAUGAAGAUGAGGAUGAAGGUGAAGAUGAAAAUGAAGGUAAAGAUGAAGAUGAAGAUGAUGGUAAAGAUGAAGAUGAAGAUUAA